UACUCCGUACUUGGAUAUUCUCCACCUUCUGCGAGUUUUCUUCUUUCCUUCCAUGAUCCUUGAUAGACUAGUCCACCAGCCGGUUCUAUGACUGACAACGGAGACGAGUCACGAGACAGCCACAAAUCCCUUCACUCCACUUUUGUCAUGAUCCCAUCCACCAAAGCUCAACUCUAUCAAAGCUCUAUCAAAGCUCUCCUCAUUUAUGAACAUUAGCUAUCGAACUUCAAACUUCAAUUACGUUCCCUCCACAUCCCCAGGGUUCAAAAACAAUCAUCUCGUUUUUCAUCUCGCACUCGAGUCAGAAGCAAAUAUUGAAAGCUUGGGUGGAAUCCAACGUUGUUGAUUGUAAUUACAACUUGACAAGGAACGACAGAGCCAGCAAUAGCAUCCAUCUUAUCCUUACCUGCCCCCUUCAUCGGCGCCUAGCUCACCAAGCUCACCAACCAGAUUCAUCAAUUUUACUCCAUCAUGUCUAUCUCUACCGUCCAAGAACUUACCUCGGAAAUUGAUCGACUGCUAGAACAAUACCUUCAUCUUCUGGAUCAAUACAGUUCCCUAAGGUCUGAGCUUUCCUCAUUAUCCUCAUCUGUUCGUCAAAUCUCUCCUUAACCUCCACUGUUAAUUAUCCCCCUACCCUGAUUCCUCGCGAUGGAUGAGAUGGCCCGCAUGUCUAAACAAUUUUAGGCAUGCACGAUAUUGAGCUAAGUGGAGGAUCAUUUGAUCUUCAAAUCUUCAGGAGAUAUUGCAGAAUGUAUUGCAGAGUCCUAUGAGACAAAUAAAUCCUUCCGUGUAACGAUUUAUUUCGUCCAUCCAUCGCGUGCCCCUCACCCCUCAUUUGCUAUUUGCACCUCGCUGCGUGUCUUCCUUCAUGCCCAGGAUAAUUGGAAAAUCUAGUCUACUGGGUACGUAUUAGUACUGACGCAAAUGACAAUAGAUGUACAUCAACCUAUCCCGAGCAAACUUCAUGCCGCAGAAUGGAAUUCGUUAUGACACCUCAUUCUAUGAUGACCGUAUGCAAGCACAAAGGUUAUGCACUGUAACGAUCCCCGAAAACGCCUCAAAUACACAAUGUGCAAUAUCAACCGCUCCUCCUCUAUUCGCCAUCAAUGAAACUUCCUCUUCGGAAUCAGAAUCGGAUCUUUCAAAAGACGAUACAAACGGCCAAGACACGAAAACCGUUUCCAAGAAGGAUCCAUUGAGGAUGUUUGGACUUUUCACCCCGCAGGCUUUGAAGAAUACACAAGGAGAUAGUAUCAAGAUGAUGGAUGUCAUUCCGAGAUUGGUCACUACCGAGAAAGCCAUGGAAGAUCUCGAAAUUCGCAUCAGAAGGGCCAGGAAAUAUCGAGGAAAGGCAGAAAUUGAGGAAAAGAAGAAUUCACCAUCCGAAACUCAUCGGGAAACCAUCAAUCCUGUGUGAAGUUUAUAGUGCUGCAGUACGACUUCACAUACUCGGCGAUCAGAUAAUACUGUACAUAUGUGGGAAAUAGAUGAUGCGCAGUAUACCCAUCUACCUUCACGCGCAUCUCUGUGCAAGCAACGAAUAUGGGAAUAAAGGACAUGCACUGAUUUUUGAAUAUGCUAGAAUAGGCGGACAAAAUAUGUUGUGUUUGUGUUAGGAUGACGUGCAGAUCUUGUUACAGGUGGCUUAAAAGAAGGGAUGAGAAUUUUGACUUAUCCUUAUGAGCUGUCCGUACUUUACGCCGAGCGGCCAGUGGCGAAGCGUAUUACGUUCCAUGUAUCUUCAACUUCGAUGCUUUGAAAACUUCUCAGUACUUCGCAGACAUCCGAGUUCCCACCUUGAACCGGGAAAUGUUCAGUUCUACUCAAUGAUACUUUCCACUUACAUUCUUAGCUAAGAAAUUUCUACCUACAGGUACACCCGGCUACUCCGGAAUCAAAUCCGGCACUAUGUAUGCUUCCCUAUUUCCAGCCAGCUCUCCAAUUAAGGAACCGGGUAUCAAACCAAAAACGGCACGAAAAAGCGGAUGAGACUGUGUCUUGAACGGGACAUCACGACAUGGCCAUACGUGCGGAAAGCCUGGAAAAGAAAAGUUGUCAGAAUGACCACGUGGCUUGGCAGAUGUUGUGAUACCUGUGGCUUGCAGAACAAUGGAUUAUCUUUGGGCCAAAAGGAUGUAUCAUGAGACGAGACGGCGAGAAUAUGGGUUGCAGGAGGGUGCUGGACAUAUAUGAAUGCAUGUACAGGUGGCAUUAUUCAAAGAAUGAUGGAAUGGAUGUAUUUAUGUGUGUGUCAUCUCCCUUCACUGGUAAUGAGGUAAGAUUUGUUUCAUUUCUUGAACAUGGAGUGGCUUGAGAGGAAGUCUAGUUUACCUAUAUCAGUAAACUCUUUUUAGAAUGGAUAGUUCGAAAAUGUAAGUUGAGGCAAUAAUGCUGGUUCGAAAGGCCAUUAUAUGA